AUGGACAAAAUGAAAGCAGUCCCUUGGGAAUAUAAUUCUGGCGUUCAUACUAUUGUGACAAACAUUGUUGGGCCUGGGGGUAUGACUCGUAGUGGUCGCAUAUUCAAGACUGCACAACCUAAUGAAAAUCUGGCACAAGCCAGCAGUCAGACCGCUGCAAUCCCAACUGAAGAGGGCAUGUCCAAGGAAAAAGAGAUCACUAAUAAGGAUGCUGAAGAGUUCUUGGCAUUGAUCAAGAAAAGUGAUUAUAGAGUGGUGGACCAAUUACACCAAACUCCAUCUAAAAUAUCGCUCCUCUCGCUACUAGUGCACUCAGAGAAACAUCGAGACGCCUUGAUGAAAAUCCUGAAUGCCGCCCACGUGACCAAAGACAUCACUGUAAACCAAUUCGAUGGAAUGGUGGCUAAUCUCACUGCUGGGGCAUGCUUAAGUUUCAGUGAUCAUGAGUUACCCUCACAAGGGAAGGAGCAUAACAAAGCCUUGCAUAUCUCCAUACAAUGUGGGAAAGCUCAUCUGUCUAGAGUUCUAAUCGACACAGGGUCAUCAUUAAACAUGAUGCCAAAAGCUACUCUUGAUAAAAUAGCUUUGGAAGGUCUGGUAGUUAGACCAAGUCAUCUGGUGGUCAAAGCCUUCGAUGGAUCACAAAGUUCGGUGUUUGGAGAGGUAGACCUCCCUAUAGUAGUUGGUCCUCACACAUUUUGCAUCAAUUUCCAAGUAAUGGAAAUCGAACCUGCUUAUACCUGCUUAUUGGGACGUCCCUGGAUUCAUGCUGCUGGGGCAGUUACCUCUACUCUCCAUCAGAAAGUAAAAUUUGUGGACGGAAACUCUAUAGUGACUGUCAAUGGGGAGGAGGACAUAUUUGUUAGCAACCUGGAUUCGUACCGAUACAUCGAGGCUGGAGAAGGGGCAUUAGAGACUUCGUUCCAAGCACUAGAGAUCGCAACUGCUUUCACGCUACCAAUUGAGAAAAUACGAAGGGCGGUAACAUCCUGGAGAUACCUGCAAGACAUGAAAAUGGAAGGAUGGGGCAAGAUUCUGGAAGUUCAAGAGAAGAAGGAUCGUCUGGGGUUAGGAUAUCAACCAACAAGGAAGGCUGCAAAGGAAGAGCAACAAUUCCCUCCGAUCAUGCAAACUUUUGUCACAGGCGGAUAUGAACAUGUAUCCAUGAUAUCUAGCAUGGAGGGUACAUCCAACUUCAUCCAAAUGAUCAGACCAGGAGAACAACUUCAAAAUUGGACAAGCCUGGAGAUACCAGAGAUAGUUUCUAUUUCAAAGUAA